AUGGAAUCGGGGAGAAGGGGAUGGAAUGAGGGAGAAGGGGAUGGAAUCUGGGAGAAGGGGAUGGAAUCUGGGAGAAGGGGAUGGAAUCUGGGAGAAGGGGAUGGAAUCUGGGAGAAGGGGAUGGAAUCUGGGAGAAGGGGCCCCAUUCUCCCGCUUUCCAUCACCCCGCCCCAUUCUCCCGCCCCAUUCUCCCUCUUUCCAUCACCCCGCCCCAUUCUCCCGCAUUCCUUCACCCCGCCCCAUUUUCCCUCGUUCCAUCACCCCGCUCCAUUCUCCCGCUUUCCAUCACCCACCCCCAUUCUUCCUCUUUCCAUCACCCUGCCCCAUUCUCCCGAUUUCCAUCACCACGCCCCAUUCUCCCGCUUUCCACCACCCCGCCCCGUUCUCCCACUUUCCAUCACCCCGCCCCAUUCUCCCGCUUUCCAUCACCACGCCCCAUUCUCCCUCUUUCCAUCACCCCGCCCCGUUCUCCUGCUUUCCAUCACCACGCCCCAUUCUCCCGCUUUCCAUCACCCCGCCCCAUUCUCCCGCUUUCCAUCACCCCGCCCCAUUCUCCCGCUUUCCAUCACCCCGCCCCAUUCUCCCUCUUUCCAUCACCCCGCUCCGUUCUCCCGCUUUCCAUCACCCUGCCCCAUUCUCCCGCUUUCCAUCACCCCGCCCCAUUCUCCCGCUUUCCAUCACCCCGCCCCAUUCUCCCUCUUUCCAUCACCCAGCCCCAUUCUCCCGAUAUCUGUCACCCCGCCCCAUUCUCCCUCUUUCCAUCACCCCGCCCCAUUCUCCCGAUUUCCGUCACCCCGCCCCCAUUCUCCCUCUUUCCAUCACCCCGCCCCAUUCUCCCUCUUUCCAUCACCCCGCCCCAUUCUCCCUCUUUCCAUCACCCCGCCCCAUUCUCCUGAUUUCCGUCACCUCGCCCCAUUCUCCCUCUUUCCAUCACCCCGCCCCAUUCUCCCGAUUUUCGUCAUCCUGCCCCAUUCUCCCUCUUUCCAUCACCCCGCCCCGUUCUCCCUCUUUCCAUCACCCCGACCCAUUCUCCCGCUUUCCAUCACCCCGCCCCAUUCUCCCUCUUUCCAUCACCCCGCCCCAUUCUCCCGCUUUCCAUCACCCCGCCCCAUUCUCCCUCUUUCCAUCACCCCGCCCCGUUCUCCCGCUUUCCAUCACCCCGCCCCAUUCUCCCGCUUUCUAUCACCCAGCCCCAUUCUCACGCUUUCCAUCACCCUGCCCCAAUCUCCCGCUUUCCAUCACCCCGCCCCAUUCUCCCUCCUUCCAUCACCCCGCCCCAUUUUCCCGCUUUCCAUCACCCCGCCCCAUUCUCCCGCUUUCCAUAACCCCGCCCCAUUCUCCCUCCUUCCAUCACCCGCCCCGUUCUCCCUCCUUCCAUCACCCCGCCCCUUUCUCCCUCCUUCCAUCACCCCGCCCUAUUCUCCCGCUCUCCAUCACCCCGCCCCAUUCUCCCGCUUUCCAUCACCCCGCCCCAUUCUCCCGCUUUCCAUCAACCCGCCCCAUUCUCCCGCUUUCCAUCACCCAGCCCCAUUCUCCCGCUUUCCAUCACCCCGCCCCAUUCUCCCGCCCCAUUCUCCCUCUUUCCAUCACCCCGCCCCAUUCUCCCGCAUUCCUUCACCCCGCCCCAUUUUCCCUCGUUCCAUCACCCCGCUCCAUUCUCCCGCUUUCCAUCACCCACCCCCAUUCUUCCUCUUUCCAUCACCCUGCCCCAUUCUCCCGAUUUCCAUCACCACGCCCCAUUCUCCCGCUUUCCACCACCCCGCCCCGUUCUCCCACUUUCCAUCACCCCGCCCCAUUCUCCCGCUUUCCAUCACCACGCCCCAUUCUCCCUCUUUCCAUCACCCCGCCCCGUUCUCCUGCUUUCCAUCACCACGCCCCAUUCUCCCGCUUUCCAUCACCCCGCCCCAUUCUCCCGCUUUCCAUCACCCCGCCCCAUUCUCCCGCUUUCCAUCACCCCGCCCCAUUCUCCCUCUUUCCAUCACCCCGCUCCGUUCUCCCGCUUUCCAUCACCCUGCCCCAUUCUCCCGCUUUCCAUCACCCCGCCCCAUUCUCCCGCUUUCCAUCACCCCGCCCCAUUCUCCCUCUUUCCAUCACCCAGCCCCAUUCUCCCGAUAUCUGUCACCCCGCCCCAUUCUCCCUCUUUCCAUCACCCCGCCCAUUCUCCCGAUUUCCGUCACCCCGCCCCAUUCUCCCUCUUUCCAUCACCCCGCCCCAUUCUCCCUCUUUCCAUCACCCCGCCCCAUUCUCCCUCUUUCCAUCACCCCGCCCCAUUCUCCUGAUUUCCGUCACCUCGCCCCAUUCUCCCUCUUUCCAUCACCCCGCCCAUUCUCCCGAUUUUCGUCAUCCUGCCCCAUUCUCCCUCUUUCCAUCACCCCGCCCCGUUCUCCCUCUUUCCAUCACCCCGACCCAUUCUCCCGCUUUCCAUCACCCCGCCCCAUUCUCCCUCUUUCCAUCACCCCGCCCCAUUCUCCCGCUUUCCAUCACCCCGCCCCAUUCUCCCUCUUUCCAUCACCCCGCCCCGUUCUCCCGCUUUCCAUCACCCCGCCCCAUUCUCCCGCUUUCCAUCACCCCGCCCCAUUCUCCCGCUUUCCAUCACCCCGCCCCAUUCUCCCGCUUUCCAUCACCCGCCCCAUUCUCCCGAUUUCCAUCACCCCGCCCCAUUCUCCCGCUUUCCAUCACCCAGCCCCAUUCUUCCGCUUUCCAUCACCCCGACCCAUUCUCCCACUUUCCAUCACCCCGCCCCAUUCUUCCGCUUUCCAUCACCCCGCCCCAUUCUCCCGAUUUCCAUCACCCCGCCCAUUCUACCGCUUUCCAUCACCCCGCCCCAUUCUCCCGCUUUCCAUCACCCCGCCCCAUUCUCCCGCAUUCCAUCAUCCGUCCCAUUCUCCCUCCUUCCAUCACCCCGCCCCAUUCUUCCGCUUCCCAUCAUCCCGCCCCAUUCCCCCGCUUUCCAUCACCCCUCCCCAUUCUACCUCCUUCCAUCACCCCGCCCCAUUCUCCCUCUUUCCAUCACCCCGCCCCAUUCUCCCUCUUUCCAUCACCCCGCCCCAUUCUCCCGAUUUCCGUCACCUCGCCCCAUUCUACCUCUUUCCAUCACCCCGCCCCAUUCUCCCGAUUUCCGUCAUCCUGCCCCAUUCUCCCUCUUUCCAUCACCCCGCCCCGUUCUCCCUCUUUCCAUCACCCCGACCCAUUCUCCCGCUUUCCAUCACCCCGCCCCAUUCUCCCUCUUUCCAUCACCCCGCCCCAUUCUCCCGCUUUCCAUCACCCCGCCCCAUUCUCCCUCUUUCCAUCACCCCGCCCCGUUCUCCCGCUUUCCAUCACCCCGCCCCAUUCUCCCGCUUUCCAUCACCCCGCCCCAUUCUCCCGCUUUCCAUCACCCCGCCCCAUUCUCCCGCUUUCCAUCACCCCGCCCCAUUCUCCCGAUUUCCAUCACCCCGCCCCAUUCUCCCGCUUUCCAUCACCCAGCCCCAUUAUUCCGCUUUCCAUCACCCCGACCCAUUCUCCCACUUUCCAUCACCCCGCCCCAUUCUUCCGCUUUCCAUCACCCCGCCCCAUUCUCCCGAUUUCCAUCACCCCGCCCCAUUCUCCCGCUUUCCAUCACCCCGCCCCAUUCUCCCGCUUUCCAUCACCCCGCCCCAUUCUCCCGCUUUCCAUCAUCCCGCCCCAUUCUCCCUCCUUCCAUCACCCCGCCCCAUUCUUCCGCUUCCCAUCAUCCCGCCCCAUUUCCCCGCUUUCCAUCACCCCUCCCCAUUCUCCCUCCUUCCAUCAACCCGCCCCAUUCUCUCGCUUUCCAUCACCCCGCCCCAUUCUCCCGCUUUCCAUCACCCCGCCCCAUUUUCCCGCUUUCCAUCACUCUGCCCCAUUAUCCCUCCUUCCAUCACCCCGCCCCAUUCUCCCUCCUUCCAUCACCCCGCCCCAUUCUCCUGCUUUCCAUCACCCCGCCUCAUUCUCCCGCUUCCCAUAACCCCACCCCAUUCUCCCGCUUUCCAUCACCCCGCCACAUUCUCCCACUUUCCAUCACCCCGCCCCCUUCUCUCUCCUUCGAUCACCCCGCCCUAUCUCCCUCCUUCCAUCACCCCGCCCCAUUCUCCCUCUUUCCAUCACCCCGCCCCAUUCUCCCGCUUUCCAUCACCCCGCCCCAUUUUCCCGAUUUCCAUCACCCCGCCCCAUUCUCCCGCUUUCGAUCACCCCGCCCCAUUCUCUCGCUUUCCAUCACCCCGGCCCAUUCUCCCGCUUUCCAUCACCCCGCCCCAUUCUCCCGCUUUCAAUCACCCAGCCCCAUUCUCCCUCUUUCCAUCACCCCGCCCCAUUCUCCCGCAUUUCAUCACCCCGCCCCAUUUUCCCUCGUUCCAUCACCCCGCUCCAUUCUCCCGCUUUCCAUCACCCCGCCCAAUUCUCCGUCUUUCCAUCACCCCUCCCCAUUCUCCCUCUUUCCAUCACCCCGCCCCAUUCUCCCGCUUUCCAUCACCCCGCCCCAUUCUCCCUCUUUCAAUCACCCCGCCCCAUUCUCCCUCUUUCCAUCACCCCGCCCCAUUCUCCUGCUUUCCAUCACCGCGCUCCAUUCUCCCUCUUUCCAUCACCCCGCCCCAUUCUCACGCUUUCCAUCACCCCGCCCCAUUCUCCCUCUUUCCAUCACCCCGCUCCUUUCUCGCUUUCCAUCACCCCGCCCAAUUCUCCCUCUUUCCAUCACCCCUCCUCAUUCUUCCUCUUUCCAUCACCCCGUCCCAUUCUCCUGCUUUCCACCACCCCGCUUUCCAUAACCCCGCCCAAUUCUCCCGCUUUCCAUCACCACGCCCCAUUCUCCCACUUUCCAUCACCCCGCCCCAUUCUCUCGCUCUCGAUCAUCCCGCCCCAUUCUCCCGCCUUUCAUCACCCCGCCCCAUUCUCCCGCUUUCAAUCACCCUGCCCCAUUCUCCCUCUUUCCAUCACCCCGCCCCAUUCUCCCGCUUUCCAUCACCCCGCCCCAUUCUCCCUCUUUUUAUCAGCCCGCCCCAUUCUCCCGCUUUCAAUCACCCCGAACCAUUCUCCCGCUUUACAUCACCCCACCCCAUUCUCCUGCUUUCCCUCACCCCGCCCCUUUCUCCCGCUUUCCAUCACCCUGCCCCAUUCUCCCGCUUUCCAUCACCCCACUCCAUUCUCCCGCUUUCCAUCACCCUGCUCAAUUCUCCCUCUUUCCAUCACCCCUCCCCAUUCUCCCUCUUUCCAUCACCAAGCCCCAUUCUCCCGCUUUCCAUCACCCCGCCCCAUUCUCCCUCUUUCCAUCACCCCGCCCCUUUCUUCCUCUUUCCAUCACCCCGCCCCAUUCUCCCUCUUUCCACCACCCCGCCCCAUUCUCCCUGUUUUCAUCACCCCGCCCCAUUCUCCCGUUUUCCAUCACCCCGCCUCAUUCUCCCGCUCUCCAUCACCCCGCCCCAUUCUCCCUCUUUCCAUCACCCCGCCCCAUUCUCCCGCUUUCCAUCACCCCGCCCUGUUCUCCCUCUUUCCAUCACCCCGCCCCAUUCUCUCUCUUUCCAUCACCCCGCCCCAUUCUCCCGCUUUCCAUCACCCCGCCGCACUCUCCAUCUUUCCAUCACUCCGCCCCAUUCUCCCGCCUUCCAUCACCCCGCCCCAUUCUCCAUCCUACCAUCACCCCGCCCCAUUCUCCCUCUUUCCAUCACCCCGCCCGAUUCUCCAGCCUUCCAUCACCCCGCCCCAUUCUCCCUCUUUCCAUCACCCCGCCCCAUUCUCCCUCUUUCCAUCACCCCGCCCCAUUCUCCCUCUUUCCAUCACCCCGCCCCAUUCUCCCUCUAUCCAUCACCCCGCCCCAUUCUCCCGCUUUCCUUCACCCCGUCCCAUUUUCCCGCUUUCCAUCACCCCGCCCCAUUCUCUUUCUUUCCAUCACCUCGCCCCAUUCUCCCGCUUUCCAUCACCCCGCCCCAUUCUCUCGCUUUCCAUCACCCCGCCCCAUUCUCCUGCUUUCCAUCACCCUGCCCAUUCUCCCGCUUUCCAUCAAACCCGCCCCAUUCUCCGUCUUUCCAUCACCCCGCCCCAUUCUCCCGCUUUCCAUCACCCCGCUCCAUUCUCCCGCUUUCCAUCACCUCGCCCAAUUCUCCCUACUUCCAUCACCCCUCCCCAUUCUCCCUAUUUCCAUCACCCCGACCUAUUCUCCCUCUUUCCAUCACCCCGCCCCAUUCUCCCUCUUUCCAUCACCCCGCCCCAUUCUCCCUCUUUCCGUCACCCCGCCACAUUAUCCCUCUUUCCAUCACCCUGCCCUAUUCUCCCUGUUUCCAUCACCCUGCCCCAUUCUCCCUAUUUCCAUCACCCCGCCCCAUUCUCCCGCUUUCCAUCACCCCGCCCCAUUCUCCCGCUUUCCAUCACCCCGCCCCAUUCUCCCACUUUCCAUCACCCCGUCCCGUUCUCCCGCUUCCCAUCAUCCCACCCCGUUCUCCCGCUUUCCAUCACCCUGCCCCAUUCUCCCGUUUUCCAUCACCCCGCCCCCUUCUCCCUCUUUCCAUCACCCCAGUCAUUCUCCCGUUUUCCAUCACCCCUCCCCAUUCUCCCUCUUUCCAUCACCCCGCCCCAUUCUCCCUCUUUCCAUCACCCCGCCCCAUUCUCCCGCUUUCUAUCACCCCGCCCCAUUCUCAUGCUUUCCAUCACCCAGCUCCAUUCUCCCGCUUUCCAUCACCCCGCCUAAUUCUCCCUCUUUCCAUCACUCCUCCCCAUUCUCCCUCUUUCCAUCACCCUGCCCCAUUCUCCCGCUUUCCAUCACCCCGCCCCAUUCUCCCGCUUUCCAUCACCCCAAGCCAUUCUCCCUCUUUCCAUCACCCCGCCUCAUUCUCCCGCUUUCCAUCACCCCGCCCCAUUCUCCCGCUUUCCAUCACCCCGCCCCAUUCCAUUCUCCCUCUUUCCAUCACCCCGCCUCAUUCUCCCGCUUUCCAUCACCCCGCCCCAUUCUCCCGCUUUCCAUCACCCCGCCCCAUUGUCCCUCUUUCCAUCACUCUGCCCCAUUCUCCCUCUUUCCAUCACCCCACCCCAUUCUCCCGCUUUCAAUCACCCCGCCCCAUUCUCCCCUUUUCAUCACCCCGCCCCAUUCUCCCGCUUUCCAUCACCCCGCCCCAUUCUCCCGCUUUCUAUCAACCCGCCCCAUUCUCCCUCUUUCCAUCACCCCGCCCUAAUCUCCCUCUUUCCAUCACCCUGACCCAUUCUCCCGCUUUCCAUCACCCCGCCCCAUUCUCCCGCUUUCCAUCACCCCGCCCCAUUCUUCCGCUUUCCAUCACCCCGCCCCAUUCUCCCUCUUUCCAUCACCCCGCCCGAUUCUCCCUCUUUCCAUCACCCCUCCCCAUUCUCCCUCUUUCCAUCACCCCGCCACAUUCUCCCGCUUUCCAUCACCGCGCCUCAUUAUCCCUCUUUCCAUCACCCCGCCCCAUUCUCCCGCUUUCCAUCACCCCGCCACAUUCUCCCUCUUUCCAUCACCCCGCCCUAUUCUCCCUCUUUCCAUUUCCCCGCCCCAUUCUCCCGCUUUCCAUCACCCCACCCCACUCUCCCGCUUUCCAUCACCCCACCCUUUUCUCCCGCUUUCCAUCACCCCGCUCCAUUCUCCCGCUUUCCAUCACCCCGCCCAGUUCUCCCUCUUUCCAUCACCCCUCCCCAUUCUCCCUCUUUCCAUCACCCUGCCCCAUUCUCCCUCUUCCCAUCACCCCGCCCCAUUCUCCCGCUUUCCAUCACCCUGCCCCAUUCUCCCUCUUUCCAUCAUCCCGCCCCAUUCUCCCGCUUUCCAUCACCCCGCCCCAUUCUCCCGCUUUCCAUCACCCCGCCCCAUUGUCCCUCUUUCCAUCACCCCGCCCCAUUCUCCCGCUUUCCACCACCCCGCUCUAUUCUCUUGCUUUCCAUCACCCCGCCCAAUUCUCCCUCUUUCCAUCACCCCUCCCGAUUCUCCCUCUUUCCAUCACCUCGCCCCAUUCUCCCGCUUUCCAUCACCCCGCCCCAUUCUCCCUCUUUCCAUCACCCCGCCCCAUUCUCCCGCUCCAUUCUCCCUCUUUCCAUCACCCCGCCUCAUUCUCCCGCUUUCCAUCACCCCGCCCCAUUCUCCCGCUUUCCAUCACCCCGCCCCAUUGUCCCUCUUUCCAUCACCCCAUCCCAUUCUCCCUCUUUCCAUCACCCUGCCCCAUUCUCCCUCUUUCCAUCACCCCGCUUCAUUCUCCCGCUUUCCAUCACCCCGCCCCAUUCUUCCGCUUUCCAUCACCCCGCCCCAUUCUCCCUCUUUCCAUCUCCCCGCCCCAUUCUCCCUCUCUCCAUCACCCCGCCCCAUUCUCCCGCUUUCCAUCACCCCGCCCCAUUCUCCCGCUUUCAAUCACCCCGCCCCAUUCUUCCGCUUUCCAUCACCCCGCCCCAUUCUCCCUGUUUCCAUCAGCCCGCCCCAUUCUCCCUCUUUCCAUCACCCCACCCCAUUCUCCCGCUUUCCAUUACCCUGCCCCAUUCUCCCGCUUUUACAUCACCCCGCCCCAUUCUCACUCUUUCCAUAACCCCGCCCUAUUCUCCCUCUUUCCAUCACCCCGCCCCAUUCUCCCUCUUUCCAUCACCCCACCCCAUUCUCCCGCUUUCCAUCACCCCGCCCCAUUCUCCCGCUUUCCUUCAUCCCGCCCCAUUCUCCCGCUUUCCAUCACCCCGCCCUAUUCUCACUCUUUCCAUCACCCUGCCCCAUUCUCCUGCUUUCCAUCACCCAGCCCCAUUCUUCCGCUUUCCAUCACCCAGCCCCAUUCUCCCGCUUUCCAUCACCCCGCCCCAUUCUCCCGCUUUCCAUCACCCAGCCCCAUUCUCCCGCUUUCCAUCAGCCCGCCCCAUUCUCCCUCUUUCCAUCACCCCACCCCAUUCUCCCGCUUUCCAUCACCCCGCCCCAUUCUCCCGCUUUCCAUCACCCCACCCCAUUCUCCCUCUUUCCAUCACCCUGCCCCAUUCUCCCUCUAUCCAUCACCCCCGCCCAAUUCUCCCGCUUUGCAUCACCCCGUCCCAUUCUCCCGCUUUCCAUCACCCCGCCCCAUUCUUUUGCUUUCCAUCACCCCACCCCAUCCUCCCUCUUUCCAUCAUCCCGCCCCAUUCUCCCGAUUUCCAUCACCCCGCCCUGUUCCCCCGCUUUCGAUCACCCCGCCCCAUUCUCCCGCUUUCCAUCAUCCCGCCCCAUUCUCCCGCUUUCCAUCACCCUGCCCCAUUCUCCCUCUUUCCAUCACCCCGCCCCAUUCUUCCUCUUUCCAUCACCCCGCCCCAUUCUCCCGAUUUCCAUCACCCCGCCCCAUUCUCCCAAUUUCCAUCACCCCGCCCCAUUCUCCCUCUUUCCAUCACCCCGCCCCAUUCUCCCUCUUUCCAUUACCCCGCCCCACUCUCCCGCCGUCCAUCACCCCGCCCAAUUCUCCCUCUUUCCAUCACCCCGCCCCAUUCUCCCUCUUUCCAUCACCCCGCCCCAUUCUCCCUCUUUCCAUCACCCCGCCCCAUUCUCCCGCUUUCCAUCAUCCCGCGCCAUUUUCCCUCUUUCCAUCACCCCGCCCCAUUCUCCCGCUUUCCAUCACCUCGCCCCAUUCUCUCGCUUUCCAUCAUCUCGCUCCAUUGUCCCGCUUUCCAUCAUCCCGCCCAAUUCUCCCUCUUUCCUUCACCCCUCCCCAUUCUCCCUUUUUCCAUCACCCCGCCCCAUUCUCCUGCUUUCCAUCACCCCGCCCCAUUCUCCCUCUUUCCAUCACCCCGCCCACUCUCCCGCCUUCCAUCAACCCGCCCAAUUCUCCCUCUUUCCAUCACCCCGCCCCAUUCUCCCUCUUUCCAUCACCCCGCCCCAUUCUCCCGCUUUCCAUCAUCCCGCCCAAUUCUCCCUCUUUCCUUCACCCCUCCCCAUUCUCCCUUUUUCCAUCACCCCGCCCCAUUCUCCUGCUUUCCAUCACCCCGCCCCAUUCUCCCUCUUUCCAUCACCCCGCCCCACUCUCCCGCCUUCCAUCAACCCGCCCAAUUCUCCCUCUUUCCAUCACCCCGCCCCAUUCUCCCUCUUUCCAUCACCCCGCCCCAUUCUCCCGCUUUCCAUCACCCCGCCCCAUUCUCCUUUUUUCCAUCACCCCGCCCCAUUCUCCCUCUUUCCAUCACCCCGCCCCAUUCUCCCGCUUUCCAUCACCCCGCCCCAUUCUCUCGCUUUCCAUCAUCCCGCUCCAUUGUCCCGCUUUCCAUCACCCCUCCCCAUUCUCCCCUUUUCCAUCACCCCGCCCUAUUCUCCCGCUUUCCAUCACGCUGCCCCAUUCUUCCUCUUUCCAUCACCCCGCCCCAUUCUCCCUCUUUCCAUCACCCCGCCCCAUUCUCCCGCUUUCCAUCACCCCGCCCCAUUCUACCGCUUUCCGUCACCCACACCCAUUCUCCCUCUGUCCAUCACCCCGACCCAUUCUCCCUCUUUCUAUCACCCGCCCCAUUCUCCCGCUUUCCAUCACCCUACCCCAUUCUUCCUCUUUCCAUCACCCCGCCCCAUUCUCCCUCUUUCCAUCACCCUGCCCCAUUCUCUCGCUUUCCAUCAGCCCGCGCCAUUUUCCCUCUUUCCAUCACCCCACCCCAUUCUCCCACUUUCCAUCACCCUGCCCCAUUCUCAAUCUAUCCAUCACCCCGCCCAAUUCUCCCGCUUUCCAUCACCCCGUCCCACUCUCCCGCUUUCCAUCACCCCGCCCCAUUCUCCCUCUCUCCAUCACCCCGCCCCAUUCUCCCGCUUUCCAUCACCCCGCCCCAUUCUACCGCUUUCCGUCACCCCACCCCAUUCUCCCUCUGUCCAUCACCCCGCCCCAUUCUCCCUCUUUCUAUCACCCCGCCCAAUUCUCCCGCUUUCCAUCACCCCACCCCAUUCUCCCGCUUUCCAUCACCUCGCCCCAUUCUCUCGCUUUCCAUCAUCCCGCUCCAUUGUCCCGCUUUCCAUCAUCCCGCCCAAUUCUCCCUCUUUCCUUCACCCCUCCCCAUUUUCCCUUUUUCCAUCACCCCACCCCAUUCUCCUGCUUUCCAUCACCCCGCCCCAUUCUCCCUCUUUCCAUCACCCCGCCCCAUUCUCCCGCUUUCCAUCAGCCCGCGCCAUUUUCCCUCUUUCCAUCACCCCACCCCAUUCUCCCACUUUCCAUCACCCUGCCCCAUUCUCAAUCUAUCCAUCACCCCGCCCAAUUCUCCCGCUUUCCAUCACCCCCCCCAUCCUCCCGCUUUCCAUCACCCCGCCCAAUUCUCCCUCUUUCCAUCACCCCUCCCCAUUCUCCCUCUUUCCAUCAGCCCGCCUCAUUCUCCCGCUUUCCAUCACCCCGCCCCAUUCUCCCUCUAUCCAUCACCCCGCCCCAUUCUACCACUUUCCAUCACCCCGCCCCAUUCUCCCGCUUUCCAUCACCCCGCCCCAUUCUCCCGCUUUCCAUCACCCCGCUCCAUUCUCCCGCUUUCCAUCACCCCGCCCAAUUCUCCCUCUUUCCAUCAACCCUCCCUAUUCUCCCACUUUCCAUCACCCCGCCCCAUUCUCCCGCUUUCCAUCACCCCGCCCCAUUCUCCCGCUUUCCAUCACCCUGCCCCAUUCUCCCGCUUUCCAUGACCCAGCCCCAUCCUCCCGCUUUCCAUCACCCGCCCAAUUCUCCCUCUUUCCAUCACCCCUCCCCAUUCUCCCUCUUUCCAUCAGCCCGCCUCAUUCUCCCGCUUUCCAUCACCCCGCCCCAUUCUCCCUCUAUCCAUCACCCCGCCCCAUUCUACCACUUUCCAUCACCCCGCCCCAUUCUCCCGCUUUCCAUCACCCCGCUCCAUUCUCCCGCUUUCCAUCACCCCACCCAAUUCUCCCGAUUUGCAUCACCCCGCCCCAUUCUCCCGCUUUCCAUCACCCCGCCCCAUUCUCCCUCUUUCCAUCACCUUGCCCAUUCUCCCGCUUUCCAUCACCCCGCCCCAUUCUCCCUCUUUCCAUCAGCCCGCCCCAUUCUCUCGCUUUCCAUCACCCCGCCCCAUUCUCCCUCUUUCCAUCACCCCGCCCCAUUCUCCCUCUUUCCAUCAUCCCGCCCCAUUCUCCCGCUUUCCAUCACCCCGCCCCAUUCUCCCUCUAUCCAUCACCCCGCCCCAUUCUACCACUUUCCAUCACCCCGCCCCAUUCUCCCGCUUUCCAUCACCCCGCCCCAUUCUCCCGCUUUCCAUCACCCCGCUCCAUUCUCCCGCUUUCCAUCACCCCGCCCAAUUCUCCCUCUUUCCAUCAACCCUUCCUAUUCUCCCAAUUUCCAUCACCCCGCCCCAUUCUUCCGCUUUCCAUCACCCCGCCCCAUUCUCUCGCUUUCCAUCACCCUGCCCCAUUCUCCCGCUUUCCAUCACCCCGCCCCAUUCUCCCGCUUUCCAUCACCCCGCCCCAUUCUCCCGCUUUCCAUCACCCCGCCCCAUUCUCCCUCUUUGCAUCACCCCGCCUCGUUCUCCCGCUUUCCAUCACCCCGCCCCGUUCUCCAGCUUUCCAUCGCCCCGCCCCAUUCUCCCGCUUUCCAUCACCCCGCCCCAUUCUCCCGCUUUCCAUCACCCGGCCCCAUUCUCCCUCUUUCCAUCACCCCACCCCAUUCUUCCGAUUUGCAUCACCCCGCCCCAUUCUCCCGAUUUGCAUUACCCCGCCCCAUUCUCCCGCCUUCCAUCAACCCGCCCCAUUCUCCCUCUUUCCAUCACCCCGCCCCAUUCUCCCGCUUUCCAUCACCCCGCCCCAUUCUCCCUCUUUCCAUCUUACCGCCCCAUUCUCCCGCUUUCCAUCACACCACCCCAUUCUCCCGCUUUCCAUCACCACGCCCCAUGUUCCCUCUUUCCAUCACCCCGCCCCAUUCUCCCGCUUUCCAUCAUCCCGCCCCAUUCUCCCGCUUUCCAUCACCCCGCUCAAUUCUCCCGCUUUCCAUCAACCCGCCCAAUUCUCCCUCUUUCCAUCACCUUUCCCCAUUCUCCCUCUUUCCAUCACCCCGCCCCAUUCUCCCGCCCCAUUCUCCCGCUUUCCAUCACCCCGCCCAAUUCUCCCGCUUUCCAUCACCCCGCCCCAUUCUCCCUCUUUCCAUCACCCCGUCCCAUUCUCCUUCUUUCCAUCACCCCUCCCCAUUCUCCCGCUGUCCAUCACUCCGCCCCAUUCUCCCGCUUUCCAUCACCCCGCCCCAUUCUCCCGCUUUCCAUCACCCCGCCCCAUUCUCCCUCUUUCCAUCACCCCGCCCCGUUCUCCCUCUUUCCAUCACCCCGCCCCAUUCUCCCGAUUUCCGUCAACUCGCCCCAUUCUCCCUCUUUCCAUCACCCCGCCCCAUUCUCCCUCUUUCCAUCACCCUGACCCAUUCUCCCGCUUUCCAUCACCCCGCCCCAUUCUCCCUCUUUGACUCAAUUCAACUUGGAUCUGGAGCUCCUUGA